UCUUUGAUAUCCUACGAAGGAGCCUUUUCAGGAUAAAGAUAGAAAUGUGCAGCUAGAGUCUACCAUUCUAGCUCAGCGAAGCUCCAAUACUCAUCAAUGGAGUCUCUGUUGUGUCUUCUAUCGCCAGCUACUUCAAAGCUUUCUUUAAUCAGUCCCUCAUCUUCAAUGGCUGCCUCAGCAACUUCGUUUUCUUCUUUGUCAUUCGCUUCCAUGGCCUCUCCUCCACAGCGAAAAACAUCCACUCCAAGAAAGAGAUCUUCAAAACUAGCCAAAACUCCAUCUCCCAAAUUGCCCACAAGUAAUAUAGAUCCGAACGCCUCGUCCUCCGUCCCCCCCAAGAAGGUUCUGGUUCCAAUUGGGUUUGGUACAGAAGAAAUGGAGGCAGUUAUUAUGGUUGAUGUUCUACGCCGAGCUGGUGCAGAGGUGAUUGUUGCUUCUGUGGAAUCACAGCUUGAGAUUGAGGCUGCUGGUGGAAUUAGACUGGUUGCUGAUACAUCUAUCUCCAACUGCGCUAAUGAAAUUUUUGAUCUUGUGGCUUUGCCGGGAGGAAUGCCUGGUUCAGCAAGGUUAAGAGAUUGUGAGGUUCUCCAGCAAAUUACAAGCAGACAAGCAGAGGACAAGAGGUUAUAUGGAGCUAUAUGUGCUGCACCAGCUGUCACACUCCUUCCAUGGGGCCUUCUUAGAAGAAAGCAGACAACAUGUCACCCUGCAUUCAUGGAUAAGCUUCCCACCUUCUGGGCUGUUAAAUCAAAUAUUCAAGUGUCAGGAGAGCUUACAACAAGCCGUGGUCCUGGAACUUCUUUUGAGUUCGCUCUAUCCUUAGCUGAGCAGCUGUUUGGAGAGUCUACUGCCAAUGAAGUUGGAGAGUUGCUGUUGAUGCAUACUGCUGAUGACCUGCGUGGAAAAGAUGAGUUUAAUGAAGUUGAAUGGUCUAUCGACCACAAACCACGGGUUCUCAUUCCAGUUGCAAAUGGUUCUGAAGAGAUUGAAAUAGUAACUAUCGUAGACAUUUUACGGCGAGCAAAGUUGGAUGUUGUGGUUGCUUCAAUCGAAAAAUCUGUGCAAAUUUUGGCAUCUCGAGGCACAAAAAUAAUUGCUGACAAGUUAAUUGGCGAUGCUUCUGAGUCUAUAUAUGAUCUAAUAAUUCUUCCGGGAGAAAUUGCUGGGGCCAAGCGGCUACACAAAUCGAAGGUUCUGAAGGAGCUGCUUAAAGAACAAGGUGUAGCUGGAAGAAUAUAUGGGGCAGUGUGCUCUUCCCCUGCAGUUCUACAUAGUCAGGGUUUACUGAAGGUAAUUGAAAUUAAAUGAUUUCUUUCUUGUGCAAACAAUUAUUUACUAAAAGCUUCCUCUUGCCCUGCCAUAUGUAUAGGAUAAGAAAGCCACUGCACAUCCUUCUGUUGUGGGCCAGUUAACCAAUGAAGUAGUGAAUGGUGCCAAAGUAGUUAUUGAUGGUAAAUUGAUCACCAGCAAGGGACUCGCUACUGUGACAGAUUUUGCAAUGGCAAUUGUGAGGAAGCUUUUUGGUCAUGCAAGGGCAAGGAGCAUAGCUGAAGGCCUUGUUUUUGACUAUCCUAGGGCAUAGGUAUAUGAAGUGAGGGUGGAAAUCAGUGCAGAUGCCCUGAGGUGCAAAGGCUAGCCACUUAACCCAGACUCUAAUCAUCCAUUGAAGGAGAUAAAUCUUCUUAGCAGCACAUAGGUCAAGGGUAUGCAUGAGAGUCGAAGUAUGAUUCACAGUUUUGGCCGUUAUAUUUGGGUGUCAGGUCCUAUGCAAUUCAUGCCAGUGCUGAUUAACAGAUUCCAUAUAUUUGGUUGAGCUGAUAACUUCUCCAAAUACAUAGAUCAAUGGCGAGAUGCAUUUUUCCAUCUUGGAUUUGAUAAUUUAGUGCCAAGAAAGAUUACUGGUAAAAAACUAGAAAUGUUCUAUUGUAAUGCAGUUUGCAGUUUAAAUUUUUCAGCAAAGUCAAAGCUUUGAGUUGCCCCUGUAUUUUCAUUGAAUCUAAGAUUAGGCAUAAAUAAAGACAUCUAUACUGGUUGCACUUUC